UGAAGGAAGAAUGGGUGUCUGGAUAAUUGUUUGGUUCCCAAUUUUGGCGACAGUGGUGCAGUGUCAACUUCGACCUCCAGACUUCAUAACUCGUCUGCCUAAUAAGACAUCCGUGUCUAUAACCGGAACACCCAACCAUCUUCUUCCUCCCGGCGCCCCUCGCACUUUCAGCAAUGUUCUGCCCAUCAGAGAAGACCGGCCACAGCACCAGGCGCUCACCAUGAAUCAAAUACCGUUCACCUACCAGUUACCUCCCAUGAAACCGACAUUUGUCGUGCAGCCAGCGCCUCCUGUGAAUGACAGACCUCCAGCAGUUCAGAUGUCGCCUCUCGAUCAGACACGUGCAGUGAACCAGGCGCCUCAUGUAGACCCCGUACCACCCAUGAACCUUGCGCCUCCUGUAGGCCAUCUACCACCCAUGAAUCUGUUUCCUCCUGUAGACCCUGUACCACCCAUGAACCUGGCGCCUCCUGUAGGCCAUCUGCCACCCAUGAAUCUGUCGCCUCCCGUAAACCCAGUACCACCCAUGAACAUGUCGCCUCCUAUAAACCCCGUACCACCCAUGAACAUGGCGCUUCCUGUAGACCGGGUACCACCAAUGAACAUGGCGCCUCCUGUAGACCGUGUACCACUCAUGAACAUGGCGCCUCCUGUAAACCCCGUACCACCCAUGAACAUGGCGCCUCCUGUAGACCGGGUACCACCCAUGGUCAUGGCGCCUCCUGUAGACCGUGUACCACUCAUGAACAUGGCGCCUCCUAUAGACUCCGUGCCACCUAUGAACCUGGCGCCUCCUACAGAAUAUGUGCCACCCAUUAACCAGGCGCCUCCUACAGAACAUGUGCCACCUAUGAACCUGGCGCCUCCUACAGAAUAUGUGCCACCCAUUAACCAGGCGCCUCCUAUAGAACAUGUGCCACCUAUGAACUUGACGCCUCCUACAGAACGUGUGCCACCUAUGAACCAGGCGCCUCCUGUAAACCAUUUGCCACCCAUGAACCUGGCACCUCCUAUAAACUAUCUACCACCCCUGAAUCUGGCACCUCCUAUAAACUAUCUACCACCCCUGAAUCUGGCACCUCCUGUAGACGAUGUACCAUCUACGAACCAGGCGCCUCCUGCAGCCCAUCUACCACCCCUGAACCAGGCAUCUCUCAUAAGUCAAGCAUUUCCUUUCAUGUAUGAUUCAACUCCCAUAGAUAAGGCAUUUUCGACGGACCAGGCUAUGAAUCAGCCACCCAUGUACCAAACUCUUGUCAACGACUGGCACAAUCCACCCUUUUUCAGCCCUCUACCAGCAGGACCUACGGAUCAGCAACAGCUGGGUUACAAACCAGCAGCAGCGAUGGAUCUUCUGGCUCUGUCUCACAAACUCUUCGCGCCUGAUCCUGUAAGAAACCUGAUUCCACGUCCUGGGCUACCGCAGCCAGGAAAACCUCAUCAGCCGCAGUCACUGCUAGAUUUCUUCAAGCCCGACCCUUUGCCUGGAACCGCCAUGCGAUAUCCCACCAUUGCUGCCAGACAGUUGAGACCAUUGCGUGUCAGCUUCAAGGAAAAGGUUCCAGUACUUCCUCAUCAUUUAGCGAAUCCCGUAAAUAUCACUGAAAAAGACUCGUCUAGAAAUGCUACAGCUCUGAGGAGAAAGACUCCUGCUAGUACAUCAUUCUCGCCGUUACAGAUCCUGAUGUUAAAGAAAGCCAUGAUGAAGCGGUUAAAAGCGAUCCGACAGCAGCAGCAGCAGCAGCAGAAGAAGAAGAUCAUUACAAGCCAGGCAAACAUAAUUCCGUCGAUGAUCACCCCGCUCCCUAGCAACCGAUUCCAGCAGAACGUCAUUGCAAGCAAGGCGAACAGAAUACCGCCGAUGAUGACCCCGCUCCCUAGCAACCGAUUCCAGCAGAACGUCAUUGCAAGCAAGGCGAAAAGAAUUUCGCCGAUAAUGACACUGCUCCCUAGCAACCGAUUCCAGCAGAACGUCAUUGCAAGCAAGGCGAACAGAAUUCCGCCGAUCAUCACCCCGCGUCAUAGCAACCGAAUCCAGGUACCACAACCACGUACCCGACAUACGUCAAUGCGUGUGCCAGCCAGGACGACCCCAAGACCAGCCAAACAUCCGAUCCUUGAGUUGGUGGAAUUCAUGUCGAGAGUUGACGCAGCGAGGGAACUGGACUGUCUGACGCUUCCGGAGAUAGCCGGGAUGGAGUUUUCGCGAUUCAUUCCUACGAGCUGCGACGACGACUGUCCCUUCACGUACAAGUGUCGUAAAGUGGGCUACAUUGGUUUCUGUUGUCCGUUUUACGUGACUCACAGCAUUAUAAGUCUCUAUUCCUGGAACUACAGAUUCGAGGCCAUGGAAAAUGUGUUUGAACUUUAGUCAGGACGCCACUCACCCCCCCCCCCCCCAUUAACUACCUUGAAAACAGGUUCUCUGUGCUACAAUGUAUUCGUGCAUCUCUCUAUCCAUGUGUAUUCUAUGCUUUAAGGAGCAGAAGCGGAGAAUGGGGAGGGAAUAUUUACUGUGCGCGAGCAUUAAUUACAAGCACACACACUCCCCCCCCCAUUCCCCCCCCCCCAAAAAAAAACCCCGCAUAAGAGGUCAUUCACAAGUAUAACAAUCUUCAAGAGUAUACGAAGUUUGGGGGGGGGGGGGGGUAACACCACUAGAGCACGCUUUGGCAGUUUAGUGUCAGACAUUUCGAAGCCUGUUUAUAUCUUACACACGUGUGUCUACAUAAUAUUAUAUUUAUACUGCUUAAACACCUGCGUUCCUUAUUUCCUUCUUUUAACAAUAUUUAUAUCUGUUCAUAUUAAAAUUGUAUAAAUAUUUUACUGUCGUGACGUGUAUAUAUAACGUGUGUUCCUAAUCCAUUUGAUAAAGCAAUAAAAUAUGUUUUAAUUAA